UUUAAUUUAGAAAUACUUAUAACUCGUGUUGAAAUUCAUUUGUCAAUCCAUAAGCAAUGGCUCGUUAUUGUGAAGCAUCGGUAAUUGUGUUAUGGCAUCGAUUUAUUGUGAAGCGAAAUGAAGUUUCAAAAUUUUGUUAUUGUCAAACUUUUUUAUUUCAGCAUYUUUUCUCUAGUCGAAGGUAAAAAUGUCUGCAAAAACCUUGACUAUCUUCCCUGCAUCCAAAACAAAACCCUGACAGGUCACGUGAUUAAGUCCCUCAGAGUCUUAGCUCCCGGAUUAAAGAUGUGCCAAAGGAAAUGUUUCACUGAAGGCCAGUGUGUGUCGUAUAACUUGGGUCCAGUAGACGGUCAGAUCAGGACGUGUGAGUUGAGUGCUGCUGAUCACUGGUCGUCUMUUGACGCACUUGUAUCAAAGAACGGCUCGGAAUACUGUCCCAUAAAGAGUCGGUGUUCAGCCGCACCUUGCCCUGGUAAUAAACCAAUAUGUCACCCAGACUUCGCUUUGGAUACCUUCACUUGUAGAGAUGGUAUAUGGAGCCAAUGGGGGCYUUGGGAGUACUGUAACUGUCCAAUUCUGUCACGUAAUCGUAGCUGUCUGAAUGCCACGCGUGAUCCGGCUACAGACUGUGGUCCUGAAGCAGCAAAACAAACCAAGGAAGACUACAGUAGAUGCCCAAGGGCAGAUCCUGUUUGCUCAGAUGCACUGGGGAUGGAAAAUGGAGAAAUCCGAAAUGAGCAAAUUUCAGCRUCAAGUCRCUAUGCCAAAUUGUAUGGUCACUAUGCUCGUCUAAACCGAGAAGGAACUUYAACUAACGACGUGUGGUGUGCCAAUAACCAAAGAAACGGCGAAUACGUCGAAAUAAACCUGACUUCAAUAAAGAAUAUCACAAAGAUAGCAAUUCAAGGUCGACGUUAUUAUGGUGGACAACAUUUCACUCAGUWCUCCUUAAAGUACAGUAACGACGGAAACAAUUGGGAAGAUUACGGACCUGCACAAAUUAAAGGCUGUCCAGUAAAGAUUUUCCCAGGCAACAAUGACGGGACAUCAGUGGUAACCAACGAGAUCUCUCCACCAAUUAGGACACAGUACAUCAGAAUCGUCGUCUUCAAUUAUUAUAUUCGACCUUGCACGAGGCUAGAGCUGUAUGGAUGCUGAACGUUGACACUCAACACUCUGCAUGAUUUAUGGAUUUAUUUACGCGGCCCCUUUUACCGGAGAUAUUCACACAUCCCUGCACCUCAAAUCCGUAGAUUUUAGUUAUUUCUUUGAUACAACUUUGAACUUUUCCAUUAGAUUAGAUCAAUGUAUUAAUCUACCUAACACGGUAAAACAACGGUAGAGUGAUCGCACUUAAUCCGUGCAACUGUACAAACUAAAUAGUGAUAUUUAGUAAAUCGUGCAUGCGAUACGCAAAUUAAAUUGAAUUGAUACAAAUGAAGCAUUCAAUACCGUCUUGCUUCAGGUCCACUUUUAGCACAAAUUAGUACAACUUAGAUUUUGUACAGUUGCACGGAUUAAGUGCGUUCACUCUAGGGUAUGAUUUAGAAAGAAUAUAUACACAUUGACAAGGAUUAUUCAACGUCCAUUUAAAUUAUAUUUGCUACAAUCUUUACAAAAAUACGUCUUUGGACCAAAUAGUUAUUUGCCUCCAGCCUAACAUUUUUCACAUGAAUCUCCCCCUAAUAUAAACUCCGUUUCACAUCAAUGUUGAGUCGUAUUUUCGGAUGGUUGGUUACUAUGGUAACAUGUUCAAUGACAGCAUUCCAUUCAGUGUGGUAGAGACGAUGGAAUUGUCUGUUGGUGUUGUUUAGAAUCGAAUACAAGGAAAUUCACUUCAAAGGUCCAAGCAUUUUGUCAACGAUUGUAGCUUAUAACAAACGUAUCACUGUAAAACCCGCAAACCAUCAAAUAUAGAGGUAAAAUGAUACCCGCAUUUUGUUAAGUAGUUACCCUUAAUAAAGUCUCAUACGCCAUCUCUGCCUUUACCCAACCACAACAAUAAAUGGUCCGCCCAAUAUCUAUCCUCAUAGACAGCAUAGCCAGGCGUUCCUAGCCACUACGAGAGAGCCUGGGCCGUAGAGGCUAGGAACGCCUGCCCACGCAGACUACUAUCCUGAAUGACAGAAACUCCUAAAUUUACCACACUAAAUAUCUUUCUUGCAACUCGUACAUCAAAAUGAAUGAUACCCAAAUAAAAACUAU